CAGUCUUGCCGAGCGGCUGGGGCUUAGCUGCCACGUGAGUUCUGCCGCGGCGGCUGCCAGACACACGGCGGGCAGCAUGUCGGCCACCACUGGAGCUCGCAAGCGGGGAAAGUCGGCCUCGGGGAUCGGGGCCGGGGCAGGGCCCGGCAAGCGACGCCGAAAGGCGGACUCUGCAGGGGACAGGAGCAAGUCCAAGGGUGGAGGCAAGAUGAACGAGGAGAUCUCCAGCGACUCAGAGAGCGAGAGCCUAGCUCCAAGGAGAACAGAGGAAGAGGAGGAGGAAGAGCUGGAGGAGACCGCCCAGGAGAAGAAGCUGCGCUUGGCUAAACUCUACCUUGAGCAGCUCAGGCAGCAAGAGGAGGAAAAGGCUGAGGUCCGCACCUUUGAAGAGGACCAGGUUGCAGGGCGCUUGAAGGAGGAUGUGCUUGAGCAGAGGGGCAGGCUGCAGAAGUCGGUGGCAAAGGAGGUCCAGGCCCCAGCCCCAGCUGACAUCCGAGUUUUGCGGGGCCAUCAGCUCUCCAUCACCUGUUUGGUCAUCACUCCUGAUGAUUUGGCCAUCUUUUCUGCUGCCAAAGACUGUACCAUCAUUAAGUGGAGCGUGGAGACUGGCCGGAAGCUGCACGUGAUCCCGCGUGCCAAGAAGGGCGCCGAGGGGCAGCCACCUGGCCACAGCAGCCAUAUCCUCUGCAUGACCAUCUCUUCGGACGGCAAGUACCUGGCCUCUGGCGACCGCAGCAAGCUAAUCCUCAUCUGGGAGGCCCAGAGCUGCCGGCACCUGUACACCUUCACAGGGCAUCGGGAUGCAGUGUCGGGGCUGGCGUUCCGCAGAGGCACCCACCAGCUCUACAGUACUUCCCACGACCGCUCCGUGAAGGUGUGGAACGUGGCUGAGAAUUCCUACGUGGAAACACUCUUCGGCCACCAGGACGCCGUGGCUGCCUUGGAUGCCUUGAGCCGGGAGGCCUGUGUGACGGCCGGGGGCCGGGAUGGGACUGUGCGCGUGUGGAAGAUCCCCGAAGAGUCCCAGCUCGUUUUCUACGGGCACCAGGGCUCCAUUGACUGCAUCCAUCUCAUCAACGAGGAGCACAUGGUCUCUGGUGCCGACGAUGGCUCUGUGGCUCUGUGGGGACUCUCCAAGAAGCGGCCGCUUGUCGUGCAGCGCGACGCCCACGGGCUGCGAGGAGAGCCAGGCCUGGAGCAGCCCUAUUGGGUGUCCUCUGUAGCAGCCCUGCUCAAUACCGACCUCGUGGCUACAGGUUCCCACAGCUCUUGUGUGCGGUUGUGGCAGUGCGGGGAGAGCUUCCGGCAGCUCAGCCAUCUCUGCGACAUCCCCCUGGUGGGUUUCAUCAACAGCCUCAAGUUCUCCAGCACAGGGGAUUUUCUGGUGGCUGGGGUGGGGCAGGAGCACAGGCUUGGCCGCUGGUGGCGGAUCAAAGAGGCUCGCAACUCCGUGUGUAUCAUCCCGCUGCGCAGGGUUCCGGGGCCUGCGGCUGCUGGCUCCUGAUCCCCCCAAACCUCUUUAUUUAAGUGCCUCCCAGGCCAUGCCCUAGUCCCCGCCCCACUUUGUAUUAAAUUCUCCUCUUUGGA